UGGUUUUUAAUACCCUGCGGCAUCUUCUAACGGUUAGGUUGUUUGACAAGCGUCGCACUCAUAAAUAAAAGCCCAUUUUAGAUAAAUACAAAUAAAGUAAUAAUUAGUCAACAAAGGCACAUUCGGUAACAUUUUUGCUCCGAUUUAGAUUAAGUUGUCAUCGUACUGCAGAAAUGGCUCAACUUCAAGGGAAUACAGUUGAAGCACCAGCGGAAGCAGAAGAAAAAUUGAUCAUCGUCACCGGCUUUGGCCCCUUUGUUGGACACGAAGAUGUGAAUGCCAGUUGGGAAGCUGUGCGCCUGCUGCCAGACGAGCUUACUUGGCAUGGACACCACUAUAAGCUGGACAAAUUAGAAGUACCUGUAGAGUAUGGCGCAGUGGACAAAGCUGUAGAUGACAUAUGGUCACGCAAACCAGAGCUUGUCAUACAUUGUGGCGUCCAUGGCAGUGCUACCUGCAUACAUGUGGAGAAGUUGGCAUAUAAUCAUAAAUUUACAAGGCCCGAUUAUGCUCGGAAACAUCUGCCGAAAGGCGCAGCUUGCUUGAAGAACUGUAAAGCUAAUACUAAAGAUGAUGAAAUUUUGCAUUGCGGUUUGGACAUAGACAAAAUUGUUCAAGUUGUUGCUGAAUCGUGUGAGUGUAUACCAUCAGCUACAGACGAAGCCGUAGAAAGUACAACCGGGGCAGAUUCGGUGCUACCACUGACAGUGGCAAAAAGUUCUGAUGAUGUAGGCAAUUAUUUGUGUGGUUAUAUAUACUUGAAAUCUUUGGAUAGAAAUAGGAAUCGUACAUUGUUCAUACAUGUGCCGCCUAUUGACUGUCCAUUUAAUUCAGAGGAGACAAAAGAGGUUGUAUUGAGGAUAAUUGAAGAAUGUGUGGAACAGGUGAGAGAAAAAGGGAAGGAGUGCCUUUAAUUGUGCAAUAAUAUUCACUAUUAGUCAUAAAACAGAAUAACAAAGGUUAGUAACGUAUUUUUGUAUAUGUUUGUAUUUCUUAUAUUAACGGCUACGAAGUAUUGAAAUGUAUUUCCAUUUAAAAAAUUUUUUAUUUAAUAAAGUUAUAUAUGC